GGUAUGUGUGUCUCAUCCUGCGCACAGAUGCCUGUUACAGUGACCGGCUGCAUAAACUCAUCACACAAACACCCGGGACAUGAACGGACGUUCUGAAGUUUGUCCCUCCAGGAAAACUUUUGAGUCACAGACGGAAGCCCUGCCAACAUGUUCAGCACUAAAAGGUUGAAGCAGAAGUCCCAGUCGGUGGACAUCGGCUCUCAGGGUUUUCCUGCUCGUCUCAUCCCGAGUCUGUCCUUAAACAGAUCUUCACCACCCGUUGCCAAGACUACAGAAUCGGAGGUGCAAGAAAACAACGCGACUAAUUCCCAGCGUCGUGGUCCACGGUGCAGUGAACUGAAGCGUGGAUACACUAUAGAUACGGGCCAGAAAAAGACGCCAGAGAAGAAGGAUGGAAGACGGAUGUCGUUCCAGAGACCGAAGGGAACCGUUGAGUAUUCGGUGGAAUCACGAGACACCCUCAACAGUAUCGCCCUGAAGUUUGACACCACCCCAAAUGAGCUCGUUCAGCUCAACAAACUCUUCUCCAGAAAUGUGGUACCUGGUCAGGUUCUUUAUGUUCUUGAUCCCGAGUGUGUGUCCAGUGUGGGCAGCUCUCCAUCCUUCAGUCCCAGCAGCCCCCUCUCUCCCACCUCCUCAGAGGCCGACCUGGAGAAAGUGACCACGGACUCCAAUGGUCCUCCUCGCUCCGAUGUUCCCACCCCUCCGGUCCUCUCCGCCCUGCGGCCCUCCCGCAUCGUUUCCUCCACCUCAGAAGAAGAGGAGGCGCUGACGGAGAAGUUCCUCAAAAUUAACUGCAAGUACAUCACAGACGGCAAGGGUGUUGUAAGUGGGGUGUUGCUGGUGACGCCCAACAACAUCAUGUUUGACCCUCAUCGGACGGAUCCUUUGGUGCUGGAGAGAGGAUGUGAGGAGUAUGGGAUCAUGUGUCCGCUGGAGGAGGUUCAGUCCGCAGCCGUCUACAGAGAAAUCACAGACAGCAAGAUCCGCGACUCAGUGCCGGAUCUUGAGACCGUGUUCUCCGGAAGCUCCCACCGCCUGCGGGAGGGUUACGACAGCGCCAGCACGGCCCCCCGCAGCACCGAAGGCUCCAUCUCGGAGGACGUCUUCACCGAAUCCGAGCUCUCGCCCAUCUGUGAGGAGCGACAGUCCACAGAGGAUCUCCACCAGGGGGACAAAUCCUCGGGAGCCUCGUCCCAAUCCGUGCAGACCAUCGCACAGGAACCUCAGACGCCCGAGGAAAGCCAACCCUCCGCCUGCCAUACAGAUGAGGAAGAAAAGCCAGAUGCGUCGAGGGAGGAGAGAGAACCAGCCAGCGAAACUGCCCAGCCCAACACCUCCACCAGCUCCAGACAGCCCAGUCAGGAGCAGCCAAGCACACCUACCAGCAGGGACCACCAGCAGCCACCCCAAUGCCAGAAUGAAGGAGUCGCCCCCGCCUCAGGUUCUCAGAGCUCUGCCCCCGGAGCAGAAGAGGCCACGGGGUUGGAAAGUUGCCCAGACGGGGCUAAACCAUCCAGAGUUUCCGAGACAGACGUAGAGGAGCUGAGGAAGAUGUGCAUGAGUCACACUAUGCAACAAGCCAAGGAACAACGAGAGAGCGUCCAGCAGGCGCAAAGAGAGAACGUCCAGCAGUCCAUGAGCAGCCAGAGGCAGAGCUCGGCUGAAGAGGAAAGUAAAUCAUACGAACGACAUGAGGGUCCAAUGGCGUCCAAGGAAAGGCAGAAGUCUCACAAGUUUUUGUGUCUGCGAGUUGGAAAGGCCAUGAAGAAGACGUUCGUGUCCAACGCCAGCGCAUCAAUGCAGCAGUACGCACAGCGUGACCGCAAGCACGAAUAUUGGUUUGCUGUUCCACAGGAGAGGUCAGACCACCUGUACGUUUUCUUCAUCCAGUGGAGUCCGGAGGUUUUCGGGGAGGGGAUGGGAAGCAUCAGUCGGGAUCCUGGCUUCAUCGUAGUGAAAAAAAUUGAGGAUUCGGAGGCGAACGAGGAGCAGCAGACACAAGACAAUUCGACCAAGGAGUGGGAGGUUGUGUCUUGGACCGAGUACCACCGGCGGAUCGAUGCAUUAAACAGCGAAGAUCUCCGCUCCCUAUGCAAACGUCUCCAGAUCACCACAAAGGAAGAUGUGAACUCCAAACAUGGCUUGUCUAUUACUGCCAGCCUGGAUCCGGAGACCUUCAAACCCAACCUGAACGAACCCAGUGACCUUCUGGAGGCCGAGCAGAUUGAGAAGCUGGCGAAACAUCUUCCGCCUAGGACCAUUGGUUACCCGUGGACUUUGGCUUUUGGGACGGCUAAGCAUGGCAUGAGCAUUAAGUCUCUGUACCGGGCGAUGCAGGGUCAAGACUCACCUGUGCUGAUGGUUAUUAAAGACAGUGACGGACAGAUAUUUGGGGCUUUGGCAUCAGAACCCUUUAAAGUCAGUGAGGGGUUUUACGGCACCGGAGAGACUUUCCUGUUCACCUUUUAUCCAGAGUUUGAGGUGUACAAGUGGACAGGUGAUAAUCUGUUCUUCAUGAAAGGAGACAUGGACUCUUUAGCCUUCGGUGGAGGAAGUGGUGAAUUCGGGCUUUGGUUGGACGGGGAUCUUUAUCACGGCAGGAGUCAUUCAUGCAAAACCUUCGGGAAUCCCAUGCUGUCCACGAAAGAGGAUUUCUUUGUGCAGGACAUUGAGAUCUGGUCAUUCGAGUAGCCGCCUGCAGGGAAAUAUCUCCACACUGCGAGAAAGAGAAGCCGGACAACAGGCAGAUCCCAAACCUUACCGCACAUCAUGGCGGCCCGUAACAGACGCUACCGUUACCGCGCUUGUCGUAUGUUACUCCCGCAUUUAAUACAGAGCUCUUCUAUGUGCUGUUUAGUAUGUGUGUGUUUUGUUCAAGCCGUGUGCAACGUCGCUAAAGAACGGGAGGAUGUAGAGAUGAGGGAACAUCAUGUGGAGAUGGCACAGGUUUGGGCUGUCCGAGAAUUGCCAUAUUCCAAUUUACCUGCGGCGAUGUGCCAGGCAGGUGUUCAAGAGCCGGUAGGACGAGAAAAAAAGGCGAAAAAACGCAAAUAACUGUAAACACAUUCCCAUGCUCUCAGAGGAAGAAUAUGCAUUUACAAACGAGACGCCGAUGGAUCUCGGAUGCGUUCGUGAAGUGAAAGCAAAACGAGAAUCUGUAGUUUCUAUCGGGGCAAAGUAUUCAAGUGUCGUAAAUUCGUAGUCUUUCUGUCGUUCACUAGCAUAGCACACCAUGUCCAAGCUCAUUACCAGAAACCCCAUAGUCGUAAUGUUUCGUUCAGUGGGUCUACAUGUCAUGUGAGUGUGGCUAACACCGACCCCUUCGCUUCGACAAGGGUCGACUUUACUGUUAAUGUGUCGCAAUAGAUUUGUGGAAUAUGCAAAUUCCUGUUCUGUGACCUCAAAUAAUCCACACGGGGCACUUUUCGUUUUCCCCGUUUCUCUUUCGAAGAGACCUUGUACGUCAAAUUAUUCGCUUUUCUGGGUAUCAUUUGAAAAGCCUGAGACGUGGUUUAUUUGUUUUCUUUUUCAUGAAUAUAAUGACAAUUCUAUAUUUAUGUAUAUGAUUAUAUAUAUAUAAAUUGAUGUGUAUAUAUAUAUAUUGCUGUUAAGUGUGACAGUGAUCUUCUUUUGUGCUGAUAUCUCAGCUGUUACAAAUAUCAUGUAUAUUACCCUGUAAAUUAAUGUUAAAAUAGUAGAUUUGUUCCUAUAUAUAUAAAUAUAUAUAACAAAUAUACAGUGUGUGGAUUGGUGGGUUGCUUCUUGCACUUUAAUAAUCUAGUUUAAAGCCAGGUUUUAUUAGCCUCUAUUGCAGUAGCAGUAUAGUAUAUCUAUUUUUGUUGAUUUGUCUCUUUAGAUUAUAGAGUAAUGAAUUGUUUAUAAAGAGCUUGCUGCUACUGUAGAGAGCAGGCGCCCCGGACGGGCGUCUCGGCGUUUGAGCACAGGUUAGAACGUGACUGACGGACUCCAGCAGGACAAAGUCUCUUCUUCUCACGUGUCCUGUCCCAGCGUUUCUGUCUGGUCUUUUUGUUUUCUUUCGGUGGGUAGACUGUGACUGUGCACAGAACCAGAGGAACACCCCACGUUCCUCAACGCCAGCAGACGAGAAGCGCAAACCUUCUACUUCACCGGAAUAUAAUGUUACAGUGAUGUAUAAAGAACAAUAAAAAUGAAUAAAUUGUUGUAAUCUGGGACAUUAUCGGGUUGUCUGGUGUUUUUCU